GUCCUAUGAAGGACCCCUCACAAUUCCAACAUGGCGGCGUCCAUACGGGUGUGCUGUGCCCUCCGUAUCUCACUGAGAGGUGCAGCGUCGCUCCGCUCUUUAGGAGCAGUUCAUGUUUCCCAGUUGGCGAGUCGAGCCUCGGUUGUGUCUCUCCAAAGAAACCCUGCCGUCCCUCUGCUCCCUGCAACAGCGUGGCAGCAAACCCGACAUGGCAGCUUCUUCAACAAGUUGACAGCAGAGGAGUUGUGGAAAGGUGUGUUGGCAGAAACAGGUUCAGGAUCCAAGAAGGGUCGAGGGAAAAGGACCAAACGUAAACAGAAGAGAGACCUGAACCGAGGACAGACCGUCGGAGAAGGUCGUGGUGGUUUUCUGUGGCCCGGUCUGAACUCUCCGGUGAUGAGGGACGGGAAUCAGCUGAGCAUGAGUCGAAGAGGAGAGAGUGAGCAGCAGGAGAAGCAAGCUGAUAUAGUUCGUCAGAGGGAUGAGUGGGAGAAGAGGUGGAAGACGAAGGUGAAGAGGGAGAGAGGAUGGACCGGACACUCCUGGGGUGGCAUCAGCAUCGGAGCCCCGGACCCUGGACCCAACGGAGAGACCUAUGAGAACUUCGAUUCACGCGUCAUCGAGGUGAAGAAUGUGUUCAAAAUGACAGCUAAGGAGGGCAGGAAGAGGAGCGUCAGCUGUCUCGUCGCCGUGGGAAACGGCAACGGAGCCGCAGGAUUUGCAGUGGGUAAAGCAGCAGACAGAAACACAGCUCUGAGGAAGGCCAAGAACCGAGCUAUCCACUACCUGCAUUACAUAGAGCUAUACAACGACAUGACCAUUUAUCAUGACAUUAACUCCAAGUUCAAGAGGACGACGCUCCGCAUGAAGAAACAAAACGAAGGUUACGGUCUGCGCUGCCACCGAGCCAUCAUCACUAUCUGUAAACUGAUCGGAAUGAAGGACCUCUACUGCAAGGUGGAAGGAUCCGUCAAUCUGCUCAACAUCACCAGGGCCUUCUUCACCGGAUUAGCCAAUCAGCAAAUCCACCAGAGUCUGGCAGACAGGAAGCAGCUGCACGUGGUGGAGUACCAGGCGCAGCGCGGCCCCCUGCCCGUGGUGGUGGCCAGCCCCAAAGAGGGGGCGAGGCCCAACCCGGAGCCCGUGGACGAGAUCCCCAACACCCGGCUGAACUGGGUCGACGUGCAGGACGCGCAGGGCAUCAAACACUCAAAAUGGGCGGGGGUCAAACGCACUAUCUGGUAGUGAGGGGCAACUGGACUGAUGGAGGGUUGUCACAAUGUGUUGCUUUGCCCAGGAAAGCUGAAACGAAAAAUAGGAGCAUUUGUUCUCCAGAAAAAUAUCAGUCAAUGUCUCCAAAUUUAGCAGAUCAUGUCAUCCGAGGACAAAGGUUACUUGUUUCUCAAAAUGAAGACGUCACAUUUGAAAACUCUCCAGAUACACCCAGAAACGCUCAGAUCCUAGAUAUCAAUGUUUUCUUUUAUAACUGUGAAAUCAAUGUGUUUUCUCACCCUAGGAUUUGUUGAAAAGACUUGUACUCAUAUAAUAAAGUAUGGAUCUGUGAA